AUGGAGAACUCUCGACCCAUAUCGGCAUCAUCCACUCUCGCAUUCUCUGUCAGUACUGCCAUAACAUUCACACUCUCUAUUGACCUGCGUUCAUGCAGGUCAUACACCAUCGUUGAUUUUCCUCUCGCGCGGGUUUCAAGUAAUGAUGAUGGCUGGGUGCCCGAUGAGUUUAACCUUUCUUCACAUAACUGGGAUUCACAACAGCAUCCUGGACAGCGUGAUGGAUAA